UGACCACAUAUCCGCCCACGACCCAUCCAGUCUCCCCGAGCAACUGGUCUGCACACCCACCCAGUAGCCCACCCCUCCUCUCUUCGUCUUCCUCUCGCAGCUUGCUGCGAUGGCCAGAGCACCGCUGCUGCUUCUUCUUCCUCUUCUCGCGGCGCUGUGCCUCGCGUCCUUGGCCCCCGGCGCCAAUGCGGCGGGGAGGAAGAUGGUCGGCGUCUACGAGCUCAGGAAGGGAGAUUUCUCUGCCAAGGUGACCAACUGGGGCGCCACCGUCACGUCCGUCGUCUUUCCGGAUUCCAAAGGGAAUUUGGGCGAUGUCGUCCUUGGCUAUGACACCAUCGCUGAAUAUGUUAACGGAUCCAGUUACUUUGGAGCGCUUGUUGGACGAGUAGCCAACAGGGUUGCCAAGGCGCGCUUCGUGCUCGAUGGAAAAGUCUACCACCUAUAUGCCAACGAUGGCAAGAACGCACUUCAUGGUGGCCAUAGGGGCUUCAGCAAAGUUAUAUGGACGGUGAAGGAAUAUGUUAGUGGGGGUGACUCCCCACACAUCACACUGUACUACCAUAGCUUCGACGGAGAACAAGGUUUCCCCGGGGCCCUGGACGUGUACGUGACGUACGAGCUGUCGAGCCCGUACGUGCUGAGCGUGCGCAUGAACGCGACGGCGCUGGACAAGGCCACCCCGGUGAACCUGGCGCAGCACACGUACUGGAACCUGGGCGGCCAGGGCAGCGGCGACGUCCUGGGCAACACGGUCCAGCUGUUCGCGUCCCAGUACACGCCCGUGGACGCCACGCUCAUCCCGACGGGGCAGCUGGCGCCCGUGGCCGGCACGCCCUACGACCUCCGGGCGCCCACCGCCGUGCGCGAGCACCUCCGCCAGGUCGUGGGCGGCAGCAGCAACGGCAGCACCAUCUACGGCUACGACAUCAACUACGUGGUCGACGGGGACGCGCGCGCGCUGCGCAAGGUGGCGGCCGUCCGGGACGGCGCGUCCGGGCGCGCGCUGGAGCUGUGGGCGGACCAGCCCGGCGUGCAGUUCUACACCGGCAACUUCCUCCAGGACGUCAAGGGGAAGGGCGGCAGGGUGUACGGGCAGUACGGCGCGCUGUGCCUCGAGACGCAGGGGUUCCCCGACGCCGUGAACCACCCCGACUUCCCGUCGCAGAUUGUGAGGCCUGGCCAGGCGGCGUACAAGCAUGACAUGGUGUUCAAGUUCUCCUUCUAGCUAGAGCUGGUCGACCCAAGGAUGGUAUCGCUGUUUAGGCCACUUCAGUCGAGUGACCGGUCUCCUGAUGUUUGUGACUCUUUUGGUGUCGGUACUUGGUAGGAAGAUCAGCAAUAAUAAUCUCGGGUAUGAGGCCCAGUUCUUUUGGUUGA